AUGUUUAUGAAUAAAACACCAUUCUCGCGAAAGAAGCUUGAUGAAAAAAAAUUUCAAAUUAAUUGGAUUACUUAUUGUAUUUUAAAAUUAUUGUUUCAAUGGAGUGAUGAAGAAGUCAUUGAAGUUCCAUAUUCUUUAUAUGAUAAAAACGAAGCGAAUGCCUUCUUUGAUCGCCAUAAAAGCCAACUUUAUUCAGCAUUUGUCAAAUAUUGGUCGAGUCAUGCAAUGCACAAAUCUUCAAACUGUAAUAUUGGUUGCACUGAUAUAUUGAUAGUUGAUGGACAUCAAAAAACUGCUCGAACAACGUGUAAAUUCAACAACUGCUAUGACAACACUAUUGAAGAGCUGGGACCAGUACUUGUUGGAUGUCCGAAGUCCGUUUCUAAACACCCAGGUGCGAAUUCAAUCACAAUUUUCGUUCUAAACACUGUCUGCUCUCAAAAUUCUUUAGAGAUUAAUUCGAAUGCUCUUUGCGAAAAGCACUUCGAAAUAGUUGCGAAUCAUGGUGCUCACGUGAUGGAAUUCGAUGCAGCGGAUGAUGUAACAGAAGAAAUGUGUAAUGUCAAACGCAAUGAGUUAGGUGAUAAUCAAACUCGAUCAACAACUUAUGGAUUUUUGGCUUCAUUUUACUCGUGUGGUAUCGUAGCUGGUUUUGAUGAAUCAAUACGAUCCGAAUCGCCGCGUCGUGUUUUAAGGCAUUUAAUUAAAAUCGGUAAACAAUAUAUAUAUUUAUGUUUUACUUCAUAA